GUUGCCGUUGUCAGAAGACAUGCACUGGGACCUGGAACUAUCGGCGGCAAAUAGGGUUCCGGAUUGAAUAUGCGACCCACGGGGCGAAUACACACGGAUAAUUCACACCCGAUCAGUUGAUGUCCAAUCAAUACAAAGGUCAUGAGAAGCAUUGGACUGCUUGGGAUCAUUCUUUUUCCAGGCCACCAAUUAUAAGCCUCCCCCAGCUGCGUUAUGGCUUGCUCUCAGGAUAACAACGACGACGACGACAUGGGCCAGAAGCAGUUCAAGCACAGCAAGCCGCCGACGGACGCAGCGCCGCUCGACCCGCGUCUGCAUACUCCCUUGGAGGAUAUCGAGCGGCACCAUGCGACUCUCUACAAAACUUUCAGAGCGGGCACAUGUCGCCCGCUAGCCUACCGUCGCCAGCAGCUUUACGCCCUCGCACGCAUGUGCCAGGAGAACGCGGACGCUCUAGCCGACGCUGUCUACAAGGACCUAGGAAAGCCGAAACUCGAGUUCUUCGCCUUCGAAGUCGGCGCCGUCAUUCAGCGCGCUCUACUCUGCGCAGAGCGCCUCGAGGAGUGGGCACAGCCUGAGAAAUGCAAGAACCUCCCAGACUGGCAGCAACCAUGGAACCCAACUGUAUAUCGCUGUCCAAAAGGGCCCGUUCUUAUUAUAUCGCCCUGGAACUACCCGCUUAUUCUUUCCUUACAAGCUGUGUAUGCUGCCAUUUCUGCCGGGUGUCCCGCGGUUCUUAAACCUUCUGAGUAUGUGCCUAACUUCGCUGCACUUCUUGCCGACCUCUUCCCGAAAUACCUCGACCAGAAUGCCUAUGUGGUUGUUAACGGUGCUGUACCUGAGGCGACGAAGUUACUCGAAUUGAGGUGGGCGCAAAUAUUUUAUACCGGGAAUGGGAAAGUUGGACGAGUGAUUGCAGCGGCCGCUGCGAAGCACCUUACACCUGUUUCGCUAGAGUUGGGAGGGAAGUCACCUGUGUAUGUCGAUGCGGAGACGACGGAUCUGAAGGUUGCUGCUAGGAGGAUCUUGUAUGGCAAGUGUGCGAAUGCGGGGCAGACGUGUAUCGCGCCGGAUUAUGUUUUGGUUUUGAAGUCGAAGCAGGAGGAACUUGUGAGUGCGAUGAAGGAGGUGAUUGUGGAACGGUAUCCGCAGGGAGCGCUUGCGAGUGAUUCGUAUGGGCGGGUUGUGAAUGCUGCGCAUUUUGAACGGUUGAGGGAGUUGUUGGCUCGGUCGAAGGGACGUUUGGCGAUUCAGGGAGAGGUGGAUCCGGAGAGACUUAAGAUCGCACCUACUGUGCUCACUGACGUUCCGGGCGACGACUCACUCAUGGAAGAAGAACUCUUCGGACCUAUUCUCCCAAUCGUCCCCGUCGAGAAUCUCGACGAAGCUAUUAACUAUAUCAACGACCACGACCACCCACUGGCAUUCUACGCGUUCACAGAAAGCCAAGAAGUGAAAGAUCGUCUUAUGGCAGAGACGUUAAGCGGGUCCUUGAUAUUCAACGAUACGUUUGACCAACUCGCGGUGGAUGAGAUGCCGUUUAGUGGGGUGGGCGAGUCGGGAUAUGGUAUGCAGGUGGUGAAGUAUGGAUUUGAUGGGUUUACGCAUUUUAGGAGUUCGGAGGAUGUACCGCUUGCGAUGGAAAUGCAUUUGGGUAAUCGGUACCCUCCGUAUACACCUGAGAAGCUGGAGUUCAUGUCUGCGGCAGUCCGUUUGCUUAUUCCAUCGUCUUAGGAACACGUCCUGUUUCUGGGAAGUUCUUUGGAAAUUGAACUUGCUAAUUGCAAUCGUAACCAAUAUGCCUGUAUAAAAUUGUAUGUGGAAGGCUUUGUGUCAAACUAG